GGCACAACCGCCGCCACGCCCUUAAGCCUUGCCACUGCAGAUGCUUCAUUUGAGUCCCUCAACGGCUUGUCCAAUCUGUUACGUACAUCUAGAAAACGUCCUCUCUCUCUACUCUGGCCCGGUCCACUUUUGUCGGGAAUGUCUUGGCUCCUGCGAAAUAGGGGAAUGAUCUCCCUUUGCCAAGCUGGCUCUUCAGAAAUGAAACCAACUCCACUGGCCGCCUAUUAUACCUCAUAG